ACAUAAUUGGCUUUCUUGAUUCAUCGUGCCAUCCUACUUCUCUGUAAGAACAAUAGACAGUGGCAGUGUAAAACUGUAAAUUAAACUGGAAGCGUACGAUCCAAAGAGCUGUCUGUCGAUAGCAUAAAUUCCAGAUUCAAUUUAUGAGAUUUACCAAUUCCUGAACAAUAAACAGUCUCCUCUUUCUUCUUCGUCUUCUUCCCUGCUCUCUCUCCCAAUCUCCCCCCUGAAUCUCGCAUCAAACCUCUCCAUCUUGAAUCCAACAUGUCGAACCAAUUGGACCACGGCGGCGCCUAUCCCAGCCCCGACCAGCCGGAACCCACGACCCGACCGGUCGGCGGAACCGAGUACAGCUGGUGCAGAGCCGUCCCCGCCGGCACUGGCAUCACCGUCCUAGUCCUUCUCCUCUCCAAACCUCCAGAAAUUCGAAUUCUCCAAAAUGCCCUCCACAAGCUCCAGAGCUCCCACCCGAUCCUCCGCUCCAAGCUCCACUUCGACGCCGUCGCCAACACCUUCUCUUUCGUCGCCUCCCCGUCGCCUUACCUCCAAAUCCAGCAGUUCGAUCUCGCCUCCACCGCCGACAUUGUCACCAGCGCCGCCGCAGACGGAAUCGAGAAGUUCUCCAUCUCCAAGCACCAGCUGGUCAUCGAGCACGAGAUGAACAAGAACCCCUGGGCCACCGACCCAAACGCCGACGCCGAGCUCUUCUUCGUGAGCUCUUACGCCCUGAGCGAGACGCGGUGGGUGUUGGCUCUCCGGCUGCACACCGGUGCGUGCGAUCGGUCGUCCGCGGUGGCUCUACUAGCGGAGCUGCUGGAGUUGGUCGGCGGAGGGAAAGAAAUCGAGGUUGGAUCGGGAUCAGGAUCGGGAUUGGGAUUGGGUAUCGAGGAGUGCAUCCCUAGCGGGAAAGCAAACAAGCCGUUCUGGGCGCGUGGGAAGGACAUGCUUGGUUACUCCCUGAAUGCUCUGCGGACUGCCAAUUUGGAAUUCGUCGACGCCGCCGGCUCCCCACGCUGCUCCCGCUUGGUCCGGCUGAUGCUGAGCUCCGACCACACCGCCAAGCUAGUCGCCGCCUGCAACGCAAGGAAUAUAAAACUGUGCGCAGCAUUAGCAGCUGCUGCAAUGAUCGCAGCACGUUCUACCAAAGACCUUCCUGAUCAACUCCAGCGAGAGAAAUAUUCCAUCGCGACCCUCCUCGACUGUCGCUCCAUUCUCGAUCCCGUCCUCAGCACCCACCACCUCGGGUUCUACCACUCGGCCAUUACCAAUUCACACGACGUGAACAUGGAAGACAAGCUGUGGGAGCUGGCCGAGAGGUGCUACAAAUCCUACGCCGACGCCAAGAAGAACAACAAGCACUUCAGCGACAUGUCGGACCUCAACUUCCUGAUGGUCAAGGCCGUUGAGAACCCGGGCCUGACCCCAUCUUCCGCCCAGCGAACAGCGCUGGUCUCGGUGUUCGAGAAUGCGCUGAUCGACGACACCAACGAUCUGCAUUCCCUGCUCGGCAUCGAGGACUUUGUAGGGUGCGCUUCGAUCCACAGCGUGGGGCCUUCGCUCGCCAUUUUCGACACCAUAAGGAACGGAGAGUUGGAUUGUGCGUGCGUCUAUCCGUCGCCGCUGCACUCCAGGGAGCAGAUGCACAAGUUCGUGGAUGAUAUAAAGCGAAUCCUCGUCGACUCCUUGUGAAGAAGUUGUCGGCAGAAAUUUUAUUUAGCCUUCCUUAAUUAAGUAAACAAGGCAGUUCAUAGACAUGGUCUGGGUUGAAAUGUUAUUUUGUCGUACUACAACUGUACAAUGUG